UCCGACUACGGUUGUCCUUAUAGCUUUAACCGCUCAAACGUUUCAUUGAAUCUAAACCGCGUGUGCGUACUAUUACAGACAUGUCAGCAGAGUGAUAGUUUACGGCAGAAAUAACAAAACAAGUAAUGAUGUCGUUGUCACUUUUAGCUACUUACGACGAGCUGGUGAGAUGUACGAACGUCUUACUAAAUGGUGCCUGCGAAGAUGAAUUCUUACGAUUUGCUUUAAAUCAAGAGGAAAUGAGACAGAAAUGGCUGGCGUCAGUGCAAGAAUGUCAAAGACUCCAUUCAGCUUUGGACAAGGCUCAUGCCGAAAUCUCGGGUCUUGAUAGAAAAUUGCGUCAUGCAAGAAGAAACUUGGAAGAAGAAAAUCGUAAACGUCGUGCAGUCGAGGAUCAGAGAGAUUAUUUAGAGAAACAAAUUACUACAGCCAGAGAUUUUCUAUUUAAUGAUAGAGGGAAAAAUCUAAAUGACGAAACUAGAGAGAAAUUACAAUUUCUUAAUAACACUUCAUUUAAUCGUCAAAGUAACACACAUAUUCAAGAUGUACCCAUUGACAAGCUUAACACAAUAGCAGAAUUGAAUUCUACUGGUUCAUUAUUGAGUGAUCUUAAUUGUUUAUCAAGAUCAGAUGAUGACUUUGAGACCAGCGCUAUUUUGCAAAGUCAGAAAAGGCGAGAAUGGAAAGAGCAUCGCCCGAGUAGCGAAUAUUCCAAAAAACCUCGGCACAAUACAUUGCACAAAACUACAGAAUUAAACUCCUCUGAUAGAAUAGUAGCAACUACUACUGUAGUUAUGCCAAAGGAUGGUGCAAUUACUGCAUCAUCCACGAUCGAGGCUAUACCCGGCGAUGAAAAUGCAGAUCCCCAGAAUUCCUCGCAUAAUUCACGCAAACGACGUAAGAGUAGUACAGAACACAACAAAUCGAAAUUAUUGCAUUUAAAUACAAACAAAAUGCCAAUUGAUACAGCGCCAUCAGCACCAAAGGCUGAUAUUCUUACGUCAACUUCUGACUCGGAGGAUGUUUGCAAACCAAGUCCAAAUAUUGGUGGCUAUACCAUGAGUAUAAAAAUGUCUAGAAAUCAUCAUUUUGUAGCAAAAACUAUUAUUAAACCAGAAAUCUGCACACCUUGUGGGAAAAAAAUUCGUUUUGGAAAGAUCGUACAGAGGUGCAGAGAUUGUAAAGCUACAGUUCAUACCGAAUGUAAAGAUUUAGUACCAUUACCAUGUGUUCCAACAGGAAAUACACCUAUAUUACGUGGUAUACCCGGCACUAUAGCUGAUUACACACCUAUAACACCACCCAUGGUACCUUCCAUAGUAGUUCACUGCAUUAACGAGGUUGAAUUACGCGGAAUGAACGAGCAGGGAUUAUAUAGAGUAAAUGGAGCAGCCGCAGAUGCCAAAUCUCUCAAGGAAAAGUUUUUGAAAGGCAAAGGUGCCCCAAAUCUUUCUAACGUCGAUAUUGCAACCAUCUGUUCUACCUUGAAAGAUUUUCUCAGAUCCUUACGUGAACCGCUGAUCACUGUCGGUUUGUUGGGGGACUUUAUACGUGCGACACAACUGACGGAUAAACAGGAUGCUGACGCCGCUCUUUAUCAAGCAAUAUCGGAACUGCCACAACCGAACCGAGAUACUCUGGCUUUUUUGAUGUUACAUUUACAGAGAGUAUCGAGUAGUGCUGAAUGUAAAAUGCCUAUCAGCAAUCUUGCAAAGGUCUUUGGACCAACUUUAGUCGGUUACAGUUCCCAGGAACCAUCUCUCACCAUGCUAAACGAAACUAAGCAUCAAGUUGCGAUAGUAGAGAAUUUACUUCAAAUUCCAUCCGAUUAUUGGGCAACUUACGUAAACCCUACGAAUUCGAAUUACACUUUUACCCCAAAACCAGGAGAAUUGAAACAUACGCCAUCCACAGAAUCGCUUCUCAAGCGUAGUAUCUCUCGCGGUUUCUUCAAUACUCCUGUCACUUCUAGCCGCACUUUUGUGAGAAGAAAUAAGAAAUACUUCGCUACACCACCAUCCAGAAUAGGAUACUAA